CCAUGGCAGGACGCAGAGCUGCCAUCAAGGCUAUAGAUUGGGCGGCGUUCGCCGAGAGGGUCCCCCCGAACCAGAGGGCCAUGUUCAACGCGCUCAAGACCCGCAGCGACGCGCUGUCUGCCCGGUUGGCUACACUGCCAGAGAAGCCUCCAGCCAUUGACUGGGCUUACUACAAGGCCACUGUGGCUAAAGCUGGAAUGGUCGAUGAGUUUCAGAAGAAGUUCAGUGCACUGAAGAUUCCUGAGCCUGUGGAUACACAAAGUGCCAAGAUUGAUGCCCAGGAGCAGGAAGCUGCCAAGAGCACCGCGGAGUACGUGCAGGCGUCCAAGGCUCGGAUCGUCCAGUACGAGCAGCAGCUCCAGAAGCUCAAGAACAUGAUUCCCUUUGAACAGAUGACCUUUGAAGACUUGCAUGAUGCCUUCCCUGAAACCAAACUGGACAAGGAGAAAUAUCCAUACUGGCCUCACAGGCCAAUUGCUGAUCUGUAAACUGUUCUGGGAGCAGUUUAACAUCUGUCAGACUCGAUGAUGGUAUAAAUAAAGAGCUUCUUCUCUGUCCGGCUUAGAUCUUAGGUGUGAGUUUUAAGUUAUGUGGGGCAGUGCACUAACUUGCAAACAUUCCA